AUGGAUGACGAAAUGGAAGCAUUAUCAGAAACAGGUACAAAUUGUAACAUGGCUGCAAAUUCGGAUACUAUAUCAGACAAUAAUCAAGCUAAAUUAGAUACACUAGAGAAAAAGGCGGUGCAUUUAAGACUAGUCCUCGAAAAGGAUUUUAAAGCAGCUGACGUCAAGUGGAGUUUAUUUGUAGCUGCUGCCUUUAGUUUCCGCUAUGAGAGUUGCCUAAGACCAUUUCCACCAGUUUUCAUUAAAAAUGGAAUCAAAGACAUGGACGAACUGCUAAGCGUUAUUUCGGAAGUGCCAGCUCUAGAUUUGGUUUUACAACAGUUGGAUAAUCUUGAUAACCUGACCAAUAUAAGUGAUAUUCUCGAUUUAUUAUUCUACGUACUUGUGAGGUUAAAAGAGCCUAGUUUAAGAACUGUUCCACCAGAAGCACAUGAAGCAAUAUUAAUUAAUGUACAUUCAUUGUUACCUGCGCCAAAGCCACAAUACAUCUUUCAAGUUGUGAGUUCAAAUAAUUCGAAUGGCGAGUUGAGAUGGAAGGAGUUAUCGAAAGAUCACAAAGUGUUUUAUGCUUAUCACGGAAAUCGCUUAGAAAAUUUUUUCUCAAUAAUAAACUUUGGCCUUCAACAACAUAUUAAUAAGACGACAUUAAUGGGAAGUGGUGUUUAUUUAUCGUCGGAAUUGAGUUUGUGUCUGCCGUAUAGUCACGGAGGUUUCGGCUGGGGGGCAAGUUGUAUCGGCGGUCAUCUGUCAUGUAUAGCAAUGUGUGAAGUUAUCGAUGCACCUGAAGGAAUCAAUUAUCAGAAACCUGUAACAAGCGAAGGUGAUACCGCAUAUGAAGGUGACAAAAAUAAAACUAGUGUCGAUCAAAAUCCGGGUACUCGGCUUGUGCAUUAUGUUGUUACAAACUGUGACUUAAUAAAAGUGCGAUACUUAUUGGUAUACGCGAAACAACCAACCUCGAUGAGAUUUUCUACAACGAGUUCUAGUAGAGAUGUGGGUCUACGACAGUGGUUCAAUCGGCAUAAGUUGUUUUCUAUUCUUCUUGGAUAUGGGCUAAUGCUAGCGACUAUUGGUUUUGCAAACAAUCAACCCAUGCAAUAUUAUUACAAAAUUUUGUUGAAAAAAUUAGACUUGGCUAUCAGUAACGCUAAAAUGUGAUGUUUUGGAAAUUUAAAUGUGACCGUAAUGUAAAAAUAAAUGUCUUAAAAAGGU